AUGCCAGGAAUGUCAGGGUGCCUGGGCCAUCUAACGCCCUCGGAAGAGCGUAAGUUGCAGCAAGCUUGGGCCUAUCUAAUCCGCCUUGGCGCUUCCAGCGCUUCCAAGUCGCUCCUUGAGGGCAAUGAGGCAGACACCUCUGAAGAUUCCAAAGAGUUUAUACGUCACCUCAACCCAGCCACUCUUGGCGACUUCAGCAAGUUCCUGUGGCGGUGCAUUUGCAUUGAACAUCCGGACACCUUAGUUCUUCGAUUCCUCCGUGCACGAAAAUGGGACGUCGAGAAAGGUGUGGCUAUGCUCGUGUCCGCUGUGAGCUGGCGCCAGGAGGCACGCAUUGAAGAGGAUAUUGUCCAACAAGGGGAGGCUGUUGGCCUGAAGGAAUCGCCAUCUAUUGAGGAAAAGGGUUUCAUAGACCAGUAUCGGAGUGGAAAGAGCUUUGUCAGAGGCGUUGACCGGGAAGGACGCCCAGUCUUCACAGUGACAGUCCGGCUGCAUGAUCCGCACAAGCAACCGAGCAAGUCCUUGGAAAUGUACAUUCUCCACACCUUUGAGAGCAUGCGCAUGUUGGUCCAGCCUUCCAAUGACAAGGCUUGCAUCAUCUUCAAUAUGACCGGCUUUGGAUUGCGGAACAUGGACUUGCAUGUUUUAAAAUUCCUUACCACCGUUUUCGAAGCGAGGUAUCCCGAAACAUUAGGAGUCGUUCUGAUCCAUAAUGCCCCUUUCGUAUUUUGGGGGGUUUGGAGAGCCGUGAAAGGCUGGAUGGACCCAGUUGUCGCAAACAAGAUUCAUUUUACGCGCACCAAGGCUGACCUGGAGCGAUUCAUUGCUCUCGGGAACCUCUCCAGCGAAUUGGGGGGAGAAGAUGUGUGGGAGUAUAAGUAUAUCGAUCCCAUUCCUGGAGAGAAUGACCACAUGGAUCAGGUUGAGGAGAGAGAUAGGAUUCAAGGGGAACGAGAUCGACUGGCAUAUGACUUUGAACGGCUGACUUUGGAGUGGAUGGCGUAUGAUCCCUUAUCUGACGCUGGCAAAGAAAAACAAGCCCUGCGUGAUCGCGUUGCUGAUGAAAUACGGGAAAAUUAUUGGCGGCUUGACCCCUAUCUCCGCGCAAGGAAUUACUAUCACAGGGCCGGGGUCGUUGACGAGGACGGCCGUGUUGAUUAUCAAGCCGCUAUGUAG